AUAUGAUCCAGUUCAUUAUUGACUCGAUUGUUUUUUGGCCUCUUCAAACUUCAACGCACCGAGUCCCGCCCAGCAGCCAGAUAGCGGGGGGAGCUGUCAGUUUGGCCCCGGGCCGCGCGUCCGCCGCGGGCCUACACCUUUCAUGCUCCACGGCUCCUGUGGGGCUGUGGGGGCGGAGGCUGCAGCCACAGGCUCCAGGGCGUCUCCAUCCCUCCGCCCCCGUGGACCUUCCAUCCAGUGGUACCGAGGAAAAAGCUGAGAACAGCUUCAGCCACGUCCUGGGACAGAAGGGUUCUUUAAUGUACAGACGUGUCAGGUUUACAAUAAAGUACCUGAAUGUGAUGUGUAACAGCAUCAAAAACAGUAAACUUUUAAAGUCAGUAGGAACAGCGUGCAGCUAUUGAGCGCCCAGCAGACCCUCAGCCUGGGAAGAAGGUGGUCCCUGGUUCAAAUCUCACCGCUGGCACUAGAUGUGUCCUUGAGCAAGACACUAGCUCCCCAGGUGCUGCACUGUGACGGCCCACUGCUCCCCAGGGGAUGGGUUCGAGGCGCAGAUAGCUGUCUGUACAGUACUUGUCUAAUGAAAUAAGGAGGAGGAGGGGCGGAGCAUGUCCAGGAUGUCGCUGAGCCACUCACCUGUGUCCCCGCUGACGGCCCAGGGCAUCCCAUCUGCCGCCCAGCUCACCAAGGCAAACGCCCCCGUGCACAUCGACGUGGGCGGGCACAUGUACACCAGCAGCCUGGCCACGCUCACCAAAUUCCCAGAGUCCAGGAUCGGUCGUCUGUUCAACGGAACCGAGCCCAUCGUGCUGGACAGUCUGAAACAGCACUACUUCAUUGACAGGGAUGGAGACAUCUUCCGCUACAUCCUGAGCUUCUUGCGCACUUGCAGACUGCUGCUGCCUGAAGACUUCCAGGAUUUCCCCCAGCUCUACGAGGAGGCCCGGUACUACCAGCUGACCCCUAUGAUCCGGGAGUUGGAGCGUUGGCAGGUGGAGCGUGAGGCCCAGCGGGUGGCACCUUGUGAGUGUCUGGUGGUUCGAGUCACACCCGACCUGGGCGAGAGGAUCGCUCUGAGCGGGGAGAAAGUGCUAAUCGAGGAGAUCUUCCCUGAGACUGGAGACAUCAUGUGUAACUCUAUGAAUGCCGGGUGGAACCAGGACCCAACCCACGUCAUUCGCUUCCCCCUCAACGGAUACUGCAGACUCAACUCGGUGCAGGUUCUGGAGCGUCUGUUCCAGAAGGGCUUCUGCAUCAAGGCAUCCAGUGGAGGCGGAGUCGACUCAUCGCAGUUCAGCGAGUACGUCCUGGGCCGCGACCUCAGGCACAGCCAGUCUAUCACCAGCACCCCGAUCCGAAUCAAACAAGAGCCUCUGGACUAAGAAGCACAAACUUUAUCGAGGACCUGGAAACUUUCCACUAACUCUCUAGGUCCUUGACGCGCAGACGGACACAGAGCUUCUCAUUUGGAGCCUGACAAUGAUGCACCUGAAAACCCCUCAGAGCUGGACACGAGGGGCAGAUCGUCAUUAAUUAGCGUGUGGAACGCCACCACUUUUUUAUAUGAAGCUGCCAUCUUGAAAAUGUUUAUUUAACAAUUUGUUACUUUGUGUUACCCUUGGGUUUUUUUUGUUGACGCAGAUGAUCAAAUUAGUUACAUGAUAAAAUCACAUCAAAACCA